UUCGCACAAACUUACACUUACGAUGUCGCCUGACGAGUUGUACGAGGAAAACUUUAAACAGGCUGAAUUGGAAAUGCUAAAGCAGAAAACUAGUGCGCUCGAUAAUGAAAAGUUGGAAAAAAUAUAUCAGAAUGGGUUGAAAUUGGACGCCUCUCAAAAGGCUGCACCGAAUACUGAACUUUUGCCCUGUCUUACGCUUAGCGAUGUGAAGAAGUCACCGAAUUGGCCAAAGUUAAGCAUCCAAACUAUUGAAGAAGUUCAAACUCAAAUUUGCAAAGUUCCGACCAACGAGAUUACUUAUUUUAAAUGUCUAUUUAAUAUAACUGGUCUGAGUGAAGAUGAAGUAACGCUCGUACCAUUAUUUUGCAAUAUUAUCAAUGACAUGGGAACCACCCAGCAUGAUUUCCGUGAAUUUGACAAACUCGUACUCUCUAAGACUGCUGGAAUUGACUUCAAGUUAAAUUUCGUCGAAAAUGUUGAAGACGCCAAAAGCUACCGGCUGAGCUUGAUGAUGACAACACAUGCACUAGAUAAAAUGUGCCUGAUAUGUUUUUACUGUGCCAAGAUUUGCUGCGAAACUUUAAGCUUGAAGACCGUCUGAAAAUGCUUAUUGAAAACAACAUAUCCAAUAUAUCAAUAGGCAUCGCUAGCUCUGGUCACUUAUACGCUAUGUUAGGAGCGGCAGCGUUAGUUAGUAAUGCAAGUAAAUUGAAGUCUCUGUUAUCAGGAGUUGAUCACAUAGAUUUCAUGAAGAAUUUUGUGCAGCAAAUCAACACUGCGGACAUUCGAGACCAGUUAAAGUCAAUAGGCACAAAGGUUUUUAAUAAGAGCAAUAUGCGUGUAGCGAUCAACAGCUCAGAAUCAUACCUACCAACGGCCUUAGAACAUUUGAAGAAUUUUUUGGGGACAUUGUCCACUCUAGAAAAAACGAAUGAGAGUAGCGAAAUUACACUCUUACAUCCAAGCUGUCAACAAUACCUCAUGAACAUACCAGUCAACUACUGUGCAAAAGCAUUCUUUGCAGUCCCAUAUUUGCAUAAAGAUCAUCCCACAUUGCGCGUUCUUGCCAAGCUUGUGUCGGCUAAGUAUCUUCUGCCUGUGGUUCGCGAACAGAAUGGGGCCUACGGAGCGGGCGCUAAGAUAAGUUCAGAUGGAAUUCUUAGCUUCUAUAGCUAUCGUGACCCCCAUUCCGCAAAAACGCUAGAUGCGUUUGAAAAAACAUAUGAGUGGUUGCAUUCGGAGAGUAAGAUUGAUCAGCAGGCCUCAUUUGAGGCGAAACUCGGAGUACUACAGCAGCUGGACUCGCCAAUUGCACCCGGAAAUAUUGGGAUUGAUUAUUUCUUGUAUGAAGUAUCGCAAGAGAUGUUUGUGAAAUAUCUCUCUCGAAUGCUAUCUAUAACUAUUGAUGAACUCCACGACAUGAUUGAACGUUACUUUAAGGAGAAAUCAAAAAAUUAUGGAAAAUGCAUUUUGGGACCAGCCAAUGAAAGUUUGGAAC